AAUGCUUUCUUCGGGUUAAAACAAAGUCCAGAUGUCGACGAUUAGCAGGUCGCGUCCCAGCCUCACUCCUGCCACGUCAGAACGCUCCACAUUACCGAUGGGCGGUUCAGCAGCGCCCGGUAGUCCGGAAUUUAAGCCCCUGGAACCGACAAGAGAGCAAUUAUUAGCCCACUUCUUUGAGAGAUUCAAAUUUUACACGUCACUUUGCCUCGGCACCGCGGCCAUAUUGGCCGUUUUCGCUUUCCUGUUCCUGAUACCGUUCGUAGUCGAGCCGGCCGUGCAGACGAUAUUAGCUGAGUUCGUGCCGGAAGCCGGUCUAUGCUCUGUGUCCGAGCACGUUCACGCCGAGACGCUGACUAAUUGCACGUGGGCGUCGUGUAGAGAAGGCUGCACAACCGCACACACAAAGUGUCACAAGAUACGAGUGAACUUGUCGCGUAGGCCAUUUGUGGAGGGAGCGCCGCCCCCAGCCAAAUGGGACGAGACGCACUUAAAGUUCCUAAUCAACCCUGAGGGAUGCGGCUACCCUCCAACCGUAAACUGCUCGGUGUUUGCCAAAGAAUACGCCGGACCGAACGCCCCAAAGCUGUUCCCUUGUUACUACAGCUUGACUAGACCAGACCUCGUAGUCGCGAGGUAUUCGUGGGAGGAGACCGUGCGAGGGCUGAUCAUUGCCUUGGUGCUGCCGACCUCCGUGUUCGUGUUCAGUUUAAGUGUACUCGCAUAUUGGCACUGUCGAUGUUGCGACCGGGCCUGCAAUCGACGAGUUCACGCCGAAUCAUUUGCGAGCAAGGAAGAUAGCAAGUUACUGUGUGAGUUAGAUGACGAUCCAAGUGAUGACGUGUUCUGACGUCACCCUUCAGCCGCCCGCCGCCGCGCCCCCUACAGGAGCGGAUACGCACAACUAUAAGCCACAAGUGACGUAGCUAAUUAGCAUUCCCAGCGUAUCGACUAAGGGAAUGGAAGCAUACGGAUCUACGCAAGAAGGUUUUGCUAAAAUAUUUUCUGUUUGAAAAAAAAAAAGAAUUAGAAAACCGCUCAGAGAAUUCGAUAUUUAAAAUUUGAUAAUUUCGUUCGAGAUUGAAGUAUGAAAUGGUUGUGAAAAUUGUUCAAAUUUUACAUUGUUGAUUUAGAUGAUAAAUUUAAUUGGGAAAAUUUUCUAUUCUCGUUCAAUGUAUCGUAAUUAAGUAUUGUCGUCUUUUGAAACAGUAAAAUAUUUUUCAAAAUCUCAACGAGGCAUCCUAUCCUUCGUCUGUAUAACAAUUUCUGAUUUAUAGGCGGGUUUUAAUGGCUUAUGCUUGAAAAAGAAAUUAUAAAUGUAAUAAAUCGCGUCUCCAUUAAUGUAAAACUGAGCUAUGCCGGAUUUCAACGAGUAAGUCUAACAAAAAAAAUAUAUAUUUCCGAAUAUAAAUAAGUAUCUACUCUAAAAAUGUUAGCAGCUGAAAAUGUUCAUUUAAAAAAUAGGUGUAUAUAGCUAAAAUUGAAUUUGUAACAAACAUUGUACGCUUUAAGCCUUUAAGUAUAUUAUGUACGACUAUAAUAAAUUUUGGAAUCAUAGAGUUAAUCUAUUACAGAAAUAAUAUUUCUGAUUAUUAUUUGUAAUUGUAAAUAAUUUAUUGUAGAUUGACAAUGUAAUUGUUGUUUUGUUUUAUUAGAUUUAUUUACAACUAAUUACUUACUGUGCGUUUGACUGCCUCGAUAUUUAUAUAGCUUUGUAAUAUCUAAUUAUAAUAAUGCAAAUAAAUAAUAUUUCAGUGUACUUAGUGCGAGUUUCUUAACGUUCUCGAUAGCGUAAAAGUUAACCCAAUUUUGUAUGCA